AUGGCGCUCCUCCUGCGGCUGCUGCCCCUCGCCCUGGCGCUGGCCCUGGGUCCCCCGGCCGCGCAGGCGGGCCCCGCCAGGUCGCCCUACCAGCUGGUGCUGCAGCACAGCCGGCUCCGCGGCCGGCAGCACGGCCCCAACGUGUGUGCUGUGCAGAAGCUCAUCGGCACCAACAAAAAGUACUUCACCAACUGCAAGCAGUGGUACCAGAGGAAAAUCUGCGGCAAAUCAACAGUCAUCAGCUACGAGUGCUGUCCUGGAUAUGAAAAGGUCCCUGGAGAGAAGGGCUGCCCAGCAGCCCUACCGCUCUCCAACCUUUACGAGACACUGGGAGUCGUUGGAUCAACCACCACUCAGCUGUACACGGACCGCACAGAGAAACUGAGGCCCGAGAUGGAAGGACCUGGCAGCUUCACCAUCUUUGCCCCCAGCAACGAGGCCUGGGCUUCCUUGUCAGCUGAAGUGCUGGACUCCCUGGUGAGCAAUGUCAACAUCGAGCUGCUCAACGCCCUUCGCUACCACAUGGUGAACAGACGGGUCCUGACGGACGAGCUGAAACACGGCACGGCCCUCACCUCCAUGUACCAGAACUCGGACAUCCAAAUCCACCACUAUCCCAACGGGAUUGUGACCGUCAACUGUGCCCGGCUGCUGAAGGCUGACCACCAUGCAACCAACGGGGUGGUGCACCUCAUUGACAGGGUCAUCUCCACCAUCAGCAACAACAUCCAGCAGAUCAUCGAGAUCGAGGACACCUUUGAGACCCUUCGGGCUGCCGUGGCUGCAUCGGGGCUCAACACCCUGCUGGAAGGUGAUGGCCAGUUCACACUCUUGGCCCCCACCAAUGAGGCCUUCGAGAAGAUUCCUGCUGCGACCUUGAACCGGAUCCUGGGAGACCCAGGGGCCCUGAAAGACCUGCUGAACAACCACAUCCUGAAGUCGGCCAUGUGUGCUGAAGCCAUUGUGGCGGGGCUGUCCGUGGAGACCCUGCAAGGCACGACGCUGGACGUGGGCUGCAGCGGGGACAUGCUCACCAUCAACGGGAAGGCCAUCAUCUCCAACAAAGACAUCCUGGCCACCAACGGCGUGAUCCACUACAUCGACGAGCUGCUCAUCCCAGAUUCAGCCAAGACACUGUUUGAGUUGGCUGCAGAGUCCGAUGUUUCCACCGCCAUUGAUCUUUUCACACAAGCGGGCUUCAGCACCCACCUCUCUGGAAGUGAGCGGCUGACUCUCCUGGCCCCCCUGAAUUUCGUCUUCAAAGAUGGAAGCCCCCGCGUUGAUGCCCGAAUGAAGAAUUUGCUUCGGAACCAUAUGGUUAAAGACCAGCUGGCUUCCAAGUAUCUGUACCAUGGACAGACCCUGGAGACUCUGGGCGGCAAAAAACUGAGAGUUUUUGUUUAUCGUAAUAGCCUGUGCAUCGAGAACAGCUGUAUCGCCGCCCACGACAAGAGGGGGAGGUACGGGACCCUGUUCACCAUAGACCGGAUGCUGACCCCCCCAGUGGGGACCGUCAUGGAUGUCCUGAAGGGGGACAAUCGCUUCAGGAUGCUGGUAGCUGCCAUCCAGACUGCAGGGCUGACCGAGAUGCUCAACCGGGAAGGGGUCUACACAGUCUUUGCUCCCACCGAUGAGGCCUUCCAAGCCAUGCCGCCAGGAGAGCUGAACAAACUCUUGGGCAAUGCCAAGGAGCUUGCCAGCAUCCUGAAAUACCACAUUGGUGAUGAAAUCCUGGUGAGCGGCGGCAUCGAGGCCCUGGUGCGGCUGAAGUCUCUCCAGGGUGACAAGCUGGAAGUCAGCUCAAAAAAUAACGUAGUGAGUGUCAACAAGGAGCCUGUUGCUGAAGCGGACAUCAUGGCCACCAACGGCGUGGUCUAUGCCAUCUCCACUGUCCUGCAGCCUCCAGCCAACAGACCUCAGGAACGAGGGGACGAGCUUGCAGACUCUGCACUUGAAAUUUUCAAACAGGCGUCAGCGUUUUCCAGGGGCCACACCUCUGUGAAACUAGCCCCUGUCUACCAGCGGUUAUUAGAGAGGAUGAAGCAUUAG